UAUAUUUUAGUACGAAAACGCAACUAUCAGGAAAUGUGAAGGUUUUACAUUUAUCUGCAUAAAUAUUUUCAAAUUAUCGCGCGCAACGUUAGUUAAUGCGCGAGUGCGCAUGUGUGAUUAAAUAAGGAUAUAAGGGAACCUGAUGCUGCGCUUUCUUUUUAUUCCUAUAUUUUCGUAAUAAUAGUCGAAUCUAUACUACAGAAAAGUAGUAUAUUAUAAAUUAUAAAUAUAUUAAAGCAGAGCCACAUGAAAAAACAAUGACUACGUUUCCAUCGAAGGUCCAAAUCGGGUCAGAGUCGGGUUAGAGUCGGGUUGGGGUCAGCGCUUGUACGGUGGAAACGCCAAAGGUUUAGUUGAACUCUACCCUACAAAAUUUUAGGGUAGCGUUCAGUUGAGGUUCGGUGGAAACGACAAAAGUCGAGUUCAUGUUGCCAACAUAACAAAUCCAAAUUGCAUUGUGUAUCACGUGCUGUAUUAAUCGGUGUAGAAGAGGUUAUUAUUACUUUUUGUCGGUGAUCUUGUAAUCUGAGAAAUAAUUUUUGUAUGUUAUUUUGAUAUUGUAAAAUUAAUAUUGCUCAGCUUUACAUGUCACAAUAUGGCAGUUAAUUUUGUGCAGUUGGUAAUGUUCAACCCAACUCCGACCCCAACGUAACUCUGAUCCGAUGGAAACAGGCAAGGCAACUUAACUCUAACCCGACUCAGACCCGAUUUGGACCCUCGAUGGAAACGUAGUCAUAGAAAUUCAAAAUUUAUAAUUUGGACUCGUAUCAAACAAUAGCCAAUCAAAACUGAGCAACGGUUUACCUCCUCAACCUGCCAUAAUGGUUGCCUUCGGCAAAAUUAUCUCCGAAUGUCCCUAUACAUAUUUUUAGAUCUAUGGUAGUAGUUGACUCUACUGGUAUUCUAGUCAUAACCUGCAAAGUAAUAAUUGCAAAAUGUAAUCAAAGUAUAUGCACAUAUCAAAAACAUUGAAAAUUAUGUUACAUGAAAUCGUUAAUUUCAAAAAAGAAUUACUGUGCUUGAAUUACGACAUUCAUGAAUAUAACCGUGAAAAAGAAACGUAAUAAAGGUGCUAUAACCUAGUUCAGUUUAUUAUUUAGACAUCAUGACGCUUACACCUAAAGAUUUAACAAAGUUGCUGGAUAUCCUUGAGGAGGAGAAUUUAGAUACGAGUCUGGAGAAUCUUUGCAAUCAGUUACAUCAAGUAUUUUCUAAAGAAGAUAGAUUCAAAGUAGGAAUGACAUUGGUUCUUCUAUUACAACACAUAGACUUGUUGCCAAAAAAUGUUCAGCGUAUAAUAGCAGUGGCAUUAUUAUUUGAUCUGUAUAGAGGAGAACCUUUGGCGUCUACACCUUUUGCACCAGUUUUCAUUCAAGUUUUGAAACCACAGGAAGAUACAAAUAAUGGAGUACCAAAGACCAACUUUUCAGGGCAUAUUCCAGUUCUGUCACAAUGUGAAAAGAAUUUGUUAGUAAAUUUACUUGGAUAUAAUCAAAAAGAUAUUUUGAAGAAAACUCCAAGACAGAUUGUGGAUGAAUUAUAUUUUGUGUCUGUACCACCUAUCGAUUUAAGUAAUUUACAAGUACAACUGACGGAGCGUCAUUCUGAGUUACCAUCCAUUGCUAAAUGUGGAAAUCCUGUGAUUUUACCUGACAUGGAUCAUUCCAAAGUAACAGAAAUUGAUAAAAACACUGCAAAGAGUAUAACGGAAGUUUUAAUUUCUAAUGAUCCACCAUUAUGUAGUCAGAGUUAUCAUCCUGAGUUUUUGAGACUAGCACCUCCUCUUUAUCGUUCAGUCGAUGAAUUAUCAUGGUUCAAUGUUACAGAACCUUCUCAAUUUACGAUUGAAUAUGACACUAAUAUGUGCGUUUCAAAUUGUGCUGGUGCAGAAGCACGAAGAUUAAUGGGCAAAGCAUUUAAAAGCGUACUCACAUUACAGCAACAGCAACAUCUGGUUAACGAAUUAGACAGAGAUCCCAAAUUGGUGUAUCACAUUGGCCUUACUCCUGGAAAAUUACCAGAUCUGGUAGAAAAUAAUCCCUUGAUUGCAAUUGAGGUUUUAUUAAAGCUUAUGCAAUCAAGUCAAAUAACAGAGUAUUUCAGUGUUUUGGUAAAUAUGGAGAUGUCACUUCAUUCUAUGGAAGUGGUCAAUAGAUUAACAACUACUGUAGAUUUGCCAACAGAAUUUGUCCAUUUGUACAUCAGCAAUUGUAUCUCUACUUGUGAAACUAUAAAAGAUCGCUAUAUGCAAAAUCGUUUAGUACGCUUAGUUUGUGUUUUUCUACAAUCCUUGAUCAGGAACAAAAUCAUAAAUGUAAAAGAACUUUUUAUCGAAGUACAAGCUUUUUGCAUAGAAUUUAGUCGCAUUAGAGAAGCUGCUGCUCUCUUUCGUCUUCUUAAGCAACUUGAAUCUGGUGAUAUAGGUGGAUUGAAUACACCAUCUAAUAAUAAUAAAUUAGAUAUGUGUUAAUAUAAUUAACAUUUAAUUUUGCAAGCACUUGAUAAAAGAUUAAUAGGCUAUCGAAAUUUGUAAUUAUUUUUGCUGAUUUAUUAAAUUACAACGAAUUAAGACUAAUGUUUCUGAGUUUUUUUUUAAAGUGAACAUUAUGAAUUCAAUUAGGUUUUAUACCCACUUUUGAUAUUAGCAUAACUCAUUUAUUUUUUAUUAGUUAUGGAAGUAACCAACAUGAUAAAUAAUACUUCUGUGUAAAAAAUUGAAAGAUAAAAUUUUUUUUAUACAAAUUUACAUUAAAUAUAUUUAUUUACAUGUCAUGGUAUUUUAUUGUUGGAACUAAAUAAAAUACAUGUAUACUGUUAUUGUGGGUGUAUUAUACUGUAUUAAUAAAAUUAUUUUCUAGUAAUAGUGAGCUGUAAAAAUCGUACUUAGGAAAAAAUAAAAAAGAUCGUUAUUAUCUAAUUCAUAUUAAACGUUCUUUGUUAUUGGUAAUCAGACAUAUUUUAUAAUACUUUGUACACUUACAUCUCUAAAAUAAGAUACUUUUACAAACUACACAAUUUGUACUUUAAAAAAUAAAGCAAAUAAAGAAUAUUUUUUCUAUCUUAAAUA